UUUAAUUUCGAAGAUUUGUUUUUUUCUUAAUAUUACCGUAUUGCUAGAUUUUUCAAUCUGGUUUCAAUGUUAUUAGUGUUUAUCAUACACUCACUCCAGUGAGUGUGUUUGUUUGUUUGUUUGUUUGCAUGGUACUUGAUUCCAAGUCGUACCGUCUCGCGCGUGAAUAGCUUUCGCUGCUGUCUGUUAUAUUGCCCUCAACGAACUCCCGUAGCAGAGUCACAAUAGCGCAACGACAAGAAGCUGGGACAGAGUCUAGAACGCCACUUGUGUCAUUGUGAGACAAAGACACGUGUGGCAAAAUACGAUAAUAGUAUAGGCUUUACUUGUACUACGUAAUGUGUGCGCAUGCCCUUUAAGACUUACCGCCAACGCGUUUUGCAAAACUUUCAAUAAGGAAGAUAUCGAUACCUAUUCCUACCUGUUGAUCACAUCGUCGUCUCUGUACUUGUAGAGCAAUAAUGACGGAUUUACCGCGACAACCCUACGUGUGUAAACUCAGUGCCACAAUGCAGGAAAAGGCAAAACGAGAGCUGAAUGAAGACCCCAGUACUAGGAACGCGAAAAUUGACGAAUUGAGAGCCAGAUUUAAAAAGGAACGACCCGAAAUCAAGCUACCCCCCGAAGACGCCUUCCUUGUACGUUUCCUCCGAUGUAAGAAAUUUGAUGUCGAUCGCGCCUUUAAGAUGCUCGUGCAUUAUUACGAAGUUCGCCGAAAAUACCCGGAGUUGUACAGCAACUAUCGACCAUCGGCGUACAGGCAAAUAUAUGAACAAGAAAUAGAGGCUAUGUUACCAGCUAAAGAUAAAAGUGGAAGAGCAGUGAUUGUUUUUUCAAUAAUGCGAACGACAUAUGUCCUGUGUGAUCAACUAAAACAAGCUAUGGAUACAGUAGAGCGGUGUAUGGAAGUGGUUGUUGCAAGAGAGGGCCUACAGCGGGUGCAGCAACCCUGUAAAUGGGACCCUGACAGAUAUGAUCCAGACUUGAUUACGGCUGCAUUUUCGAUUGCGAUGGAAAAAAUAAUCGAGGACGAAGAAGUCCAAGUGAACGGUGUUGUGUUUGUAGGUGACUACGAAGGGUUGACAAUGAGACAUAUUUUAAAAAUGGGACCAACACAGGCCAAAAAACAGAUGGAUUGCAUGAUGAACUCCAAUCCCAUGAGAUUCAAAGCAAAUCACAUUAUAAGGCAGCCCGAGAUAAUGGACACCUUGUUUUUAAUAUUUAAGCCAUUCAUGUCAGCAAAGUUGAUUGAAAGGCAUCACUUUCAUGGUCAGGAGUACGGCACCCUGCAUGAGCAUGUGCCAUCGUCUAUUCUUCCUCCAGAGUUCGGUGGACAGUUCAUGGAUUUUGACUGGAUGGAAUGGUUCAAGAAUCUGAUGAAGUGUGACGCUGAAUUUGAAUAUCGGAAUCAGUUUGGCAUCCCUGAAGCCAACGACAUACUUGGUGGGUCUACCCAGGGAGUUGAUGCUCUAGGUGGUAUAUCCGGCUCGUUCAAAAAAAUAAGUGUAGAUUAAACACUUCGUAUUUCAAUAUCGAUUUUAAUACAAAUAUUUUUUUGUGAUUUGUAUUUUAUUUGUCCGAAUUACUGUGAAUAAUGCCAAUUCCAGUUCGAUGGACAGAUAUUUUGUGUCAUUGAUUAUAUAUUUUGAAAAACAAUAUUCUUGAAUACUUCAUCCGGUUUCUCAUCCGGUUAGAUAAACCGGUGUAAAAACAGUUUCAGAAAAUAA